AUGGACCAGUUUUACAUCAACGGAUACAUCAAGCUUCUUUGGAUCCUAAUAUCAAACACGCGCAAGUCUCCCGCGCUGCUGACGAGCCAUCGAUUGUUCACCCAGUUCAACACUCGAUAUGGCAAGUUUAUCCAGCAGUUGAUCAACAACUCGCAAGUAUCCUCGACAAACUUGAUGAUCUCGCUCUACUACUUGUACAAGUACUACUACAAGAACAGCAUAUUGAGCCACAGCGUGUGCGAGGAAACGGACGGCGAAACAGCGGAAACCUUGACCAGUUCAACCAUCAUCUACAUGAUUCUCGCCUCGUUGAUCUUGUCCAACAAGUGCUACGACGACCAGUCCUACACGCUCAAGACGUGGUGGAUCAUCAUUGACACCACGAAUAAGCAGAUGCCAACGGUGGAGUUGGACUUGAAGUUGUUGAACUCGAUUGAGCUGUACUUUCUUGCCUCGUUGAACUUUAAAUUGUCGUUUAUUGAAAUGUCUCAAGACGUGCAGUUUUGGAGCAUGAUUGAGUGCGACAGCUUGUUUCGUUUCAACAGGAGCAUCUUGAACAAGUUCAAGGCCUUGGUGAAUGUCGGUUCUGGACAAGAUGACGACAAGACGAGCAGGCAGCAGCAGCACCAAAACUGCUACAGCCCGUGGCAAGGAGUGGGUGCCGUGCAAGAGGCAACCAAUCUCAACAUUACUCCACCUUUAUUGUGCCCUGCCGCUUCGCCGGUGCCUUCUGCAACAACUACGUUUUCAUCGCCUUUGGACUAUCCAUUGACCCCACACACUCCCUUUAGCCACAGCCACGAGGACUAUGGCAGCAACAAGAAGAGAAGGACAAACAACUCGUUGCUUUCCAACCCGGUGAGAGUCUUGCCUCCACAAAUGUGCAUCACUCCCGUCAACAUGCCUCCUCCACCUCAAGCAAACUACAAGCCUACCUCUGCUGCCCCUCCAACUGCAUAUUACAACGGCAACUUGCCUUGCACCCAGCCAUGUUGCCAACCUCACUCCCACCUGCAAAACUUUGCCGUGCCACCUGCAACCCUCCACCAGCAGUACUUGGCACCAACGCUUCCGCCUUUGCAACUGCUGCAUCUCUACACCAAGCACAACACCACCACCUACAGCACGGCUAUCCAACAGCCUUAUCUUCACUACCAGGCUCCAGCGCCACUUCCACAAGUGCAUUCAGUCGCAGUCAACCCUUACACUUGCCAGCCUUAUUUCGUAUACUGGUGA